AUGCUAGCGCUACAGAACGCACUGGACCAAGCAAACGACGACCUAACCACUUUUCGGGACAAGAACUGCCGAUUUCUGGACGAGCAAGAGGCAGCACUCACGUGCCCAAUUUCUUACGAGUUGUUUGAGAACCCGGUGGUGGAACCCCCACUGUCCAAUGUGCCGCGCGCCCGUGAGGCUCCUGCAGAGCAACCAAUGAUUGACCUCAGUGCCCAGGUGGAUGUGCUCACGACCAAGAGCUGGCCCGUACGACUCCAUUGA